AUUUUCAUUGGUAAAUGUAACCACGUGAUGAAUUUAUUUGAUUUCUAUUGGUUAUUUUCAUUGUUACACAGAGUAGCUUGUCAGCUGUUUGCAACUGCAAAAGAUUGACGUGGUUUUUUUGGUUGGAUAUCCCUUUUCAAAUGGCUACAAGUUACCGAAAAUCCUCUUCUUCCUCCGCUCCGAGGAAAAAGCCAAAUUCCAAAGAUGAAUUAACAGAAGACGAACAGCAGGAAAUCAAAGAGGCUUUUGAUUUGUUUGAUACCGAUGGAAAUGGAACCAUCGAUGUUAAGGACUUGAAGGCUGCCAUAAGAGCGCUCGGCUUUGAACCAAAGAAGGAAGAACUGAAAAAGAUGACUGCAAACAUCGUCAAAGACAACUCUUCAACUCUGGACUUCAAAGAGUUUCUCAGAAUAAUAUCCCAGAAAAUGAAAGAAAAAGACCCAAGGGAGGAGAUCAUUAAAGCGUUCAGGCUGUUUGAUGAUGAUGGUACUGGAAAAAUUUCAUUCAAAAAUCUCAAGAGAGUUGCCAAAGAGUUGGGUGAAACACUCACAGAUGAAGAGCUGCAGGAAAUGAUCGCUGAGGCAGAUCAAGACGGCGACGGUGAAGUCAGUGAGCAGGAGUUUCUUCAGAUGAUGCAGAAGACUAAUCUGUAUUGACCCUGUUGAGAUGCAUUGUUCUGAACUAGGAGAUCGCAACAGCUUGUUCUACAGUUUUUGUGGGACUUUGCAGAUUACCUUUCUUUGAAACUAAAAAUUUUAUUAUCUGUACUUUUGCACCAUUUUCUACAUGAUAAAUAAAACCUAUUUUGCCACGUUU